UGCUGUCCAGCAGCACGGCAAGUGCAAUUUAGCCGUUUAAUUUUCAAUGAAUUUGAUUUGACGAGCCAGUGUUUUCUCAUAUGUGUGUACUACGUGCAACUUCGCGAUUAAAUGAGCUUGCAAGACAGCCUUUUUUCCGAAGAGGUGGAGCACGACGUGACUCUGUUUUCAAGGGAUAAAAAACGGAAAAGAGUACUCGUCUUUCCACCUGUAAACAACUAUCGGAGGUUCAUCAUACACCAGCUGGUGCAGGAUCGUUUCGACGAUCUGCACACGUUCUCGAUCGGCCAGGGUUCGGCGAGACGGACCGUCGUGUGCUACAAAAGUGACGUGAUAAGGGAUCCGAAAUUGAAUGGUGUGCAGUGUAAAUCAAACGUGAAAGUCACUGAUACGCUGCUUGAGAUGGGCGUUGAAGGACGGCGUUCGCCCUCCGCUUCGCCAGAACGUGUACGAGCCCAGAGGCAAGUAAAGUCAGUGCCAACGGUUGAGAUCUAUAGGCCACCGGCUGCUAGAAGGGCCAGAAAUGAACAUCAGACAAACACGGACCAAGUUCAAGUGCAUUCGACCAUAGAUUCAUCUUCUACUGUGAAAUCUACCCGACAGAAAAGGCCUGAUCGUGCAGUCUAUGUUCCAAGGCACCGUAGAAGUUUAGAAACCGAAGGAAGUCCCCAGCCCGUAGAAUCCACUCGUACUAAUCGUAUGGUUAAAGACAAUUUGAACUCCUCUGUUUCCCACGGACAACCAAAGUCAAACUUAAAUCUCAAAGAAACAGAUUCUGAUGUUCAGACGAACGCGGAAUGCGUGAAAAAGAAAUCGAAUACAUGCCCUGACAAAUGUCAGAACAAUGUAGAGAAUGAAACCAGUCAGCAUCUUCAAACAGACUUGAAAGAUACGAUUUCUUCGAGUUCUACAGAUGUACCUGUUAUGGAAGCUUGUAACGAAGAAAAAUCUGAGCAGCUAGACAAUGUAAACGAGGAUGUGCCAAAUGAAUCCGACUGCAGUACCGCUCCUGACACGGAAUGUGAAAGGACUGAUCUAUUUCAAUCACAGACUGUUGAAGAGGAAGAAAUGUCUAAUAAUUCUAGCGAGGAUAAGAAUAGUUUAGAUACAGUUGAAACGUAUGUAAAUAGUGAAGUUGAUGUUAACGAAGAUAUAGAAAGGUCUGAUAAUUAUAAGGAUAAUGUUGUUAUAAUAUCAACGUCAAAUAAUAACAAGAAGAACGAGGAACACUUAAACAAAGAUGAAAUAACAAAUAAAAAGAAUACGCAAAUGAUACAUAGCAAUAUGGUAUCCGACGUUUUAAUUAUCUCGGAUACGGUACAAAAGAAACCGCAACCUGUUAAAAAAGUCACUCCUGUUCCUGUGAUACCGCCGGAGAAGAAGGCGAAAAAGAUUGAAAGGUCAAAAAGCAAACCAGCGCCACCACCUUCGCCGCCCAUUAAAAAGAUAAAUAGGGACGAAUGCGACUGGGAUAGUUUGUUCGAUGACAACGGUGAUUGCUUGGAUCCAACGCUCAUAGAGGAGUUAACUUCGGCAGUGGGUGACGUUAUGAUAGAACAACCGAAAAGCGAUUACAAAUCGUUCACGAAGCACAUCGAAGUAUCCAGCGACGAAUUUGCUCAUGUUGUCGAGAUAUACAAUUUCCCGUCAGAGUUUAAGACCAGCGAUUUAGCCGCUGUUUUCAGUUCGUUCAAGAACGGCGGUUUCGAGCUGAAGUGGGUAGACGACACGCAUUGUCUUGGAGUCUUCAGUAGCCCUCUUGUUGCCGCCGAGGUACUGGCGUCGGAUCAUCCGUUCGUAAAGACAAGGCCGUUAAGCGAGGCCACAGCCUUGAGUAAAACGAAAGCAAGAAGAAGCGCAGAAUUUUUGCAGCCUUACAGAAGUCGUCCAGAAACUUGCGCGGCAUUGGCCAGACGAUUGGUCACGGGUGCUUUGGGCGUGAAACUAGCCACAGCUAGGCAAGAACGCGAGCACGAGAAGAAUGUAUUGCGGGAAGCUAAAGAAAAACGUCGAUUAGCUAAUAAACAACGAGAGGAUGUCUGGGAAGGCAUAAUACCUGAAAAGUAGCAUUAUCUGUUGGUAAUGUAAUAUCAUUACAUUGAAGAUUACUUACGUCAUGUGUAAGUGUUUCGCGACAUUUACAUGCAUUUGUGCCUUACUCAUCUAUUUUUCAUCUUUGACAAACGCAUUUUGUCGAACUGAUUUGGCUAUUGGUUUUGGGAACACGGAGAUGACUUUGCCAAUAGAUGAGUGCGGCAUAACGGAAAUACCGUAAUGGACAUAUUUGCUUAGGACUGAUAAAUGAGUUUUCAGCGCGUUUGUUUAUUUUCUACAUAUAUGCAUAUCACGAUUGUCCAGACCAAUUGAACGAGCGUGCCUGUUGCACUAUUUUCUAACGAAAGGAUAUCGAGUAUUUUAAGCGAUAUUCAAGAUUGGCGAUUUAGUCCCUAACACUAGAAAACCUACAAACAGAAGUAGAACAUUUUAUGAUACGGUUAUUCUUACCUCGACAGUUGCCUCUGUUAUAAAUUUAUAUAUAUGACGAUAAACAAUGCUGUGUUGUGCAAUGAUAAUACGAGACAAUAAAUUUAGAAUCGUAGAAAAUAAUAAUACUCUUUACAUACAAGCACGCGCGUGCGUGCACAUACAUCGAUUUAUUACAGUGAUAUGUAAUCAAAACGUGUGUCUUCACAGAGUGAUGAAUUCACGGCGUGGAAACUGUAUUAAAAUAUGAUGUGGUAUUUUAUUAUUGUCUGUGCAACAUAAAAUAUUGUAGUUGUGAAUUAUGCCACAUAUACAUAUAUAUAUAUAUAUAUAUAUCUGUUAUAUGAAUGUUAAAAUCUGACGCACAAUCACGAUAUCUACACGUAUUACAGACUUACUAAGAA